CGUACAGUACAGCAUCAAACAGACGCGCACGAAUGGCCAAGAAGAAGCGACUUCACAAAGGCAAGGAGUGCCAACCGCCGGCAUCGCCUGAGCCAAUGUGCUCCUCGAUGGCGAGUCCAGGACGAGAAACAGCGCUCGCCACUUUUGAUAUCCUCGAGACCAUUCUGCAAUUCGUGGAUAUGAAGACGCUUUUGACAUCUUGCCAGCGCGUCUGCACGUCAUGGCGAAACGCCAUUGCGAGCUCGGCGCGGCUUCAGCAAAUUCUCUUCUUCAAGUCGACUCCCCUCAAUUCAAUCAUCGGGCUUCGCGUCGCAGACAAGGCUGCCGAGCUAUGCGGAGCACGCAGCCAAUGCAGCCGGUCAAAUAGUGACUCAGAUGACUCUGACGCAACCGAUGAGUCCGAUGGGCCAAGCCCCAUCUCGGACGACACUCUGCUCCAGCGAUUCCAGAACCCGCUGCUGAUGCAAUCGUUCAGUGGGUUCUUCUCGGCCUCGGGCUGGAGCUGGUCAGGACGCUGCAGACUUUGUGGCAGCCUGGAUGGCUCGACUGCUACGAAUGCUUACGCAUUAUACUGGGGUCGCAAAGCCCUGGACUUUCUGUCACCUGGCGACGACGCCGGGCGACGAAAGGCAUUCAUGCGAAAGGGGGCGAGUUGGAGGGGCAUGCUGUUGGCCAGAUACCCCAUCACAAAGGUCAUCUUUCGAACAAACUUCGAUGUGGCCUGGCGACAAUGGGACGGAGUGGGGGCUACUCAGAGACAAGACGAUGUCAUGGAGUUUCCCGAGGGACUUCGAAUGGGCCAGCUCUUCGACCUGUUCUUCUCCAUGCUAUACCUAGAGCCGAUGGUGGGAUUCCACGCUGCGCGCGUUGUAUGGAAGAUUCCUGGAGAUGGCACGGGAAGGCCGGGGUGCCAGUGCGAUAGACACAAGACGCGACGCGAAAAGACGGCCACGCCCAGCACCACGCAGAGCUGGGAUCUGCUCGUCAACCAAAAUUACUUUCACAUCGCAGAUGAUGAUGACGACGUGCCAGACGACGUGCGAUACCGCGGCGGACGAUUUACGGGAGAAGGGAAGCAUAGGCAAUGCCAAGACCAAGGGCGGUGUCUCGCGCACGUUCGAAAGCGUACCGGAGACAAGUGGUUCAAUAGAAGCCAGGAUUUCGUCGACGGCUUCGUGGCUUUUGGCACGACCUUGGAGGAUAGGGCACGGCUUGUGGAGAGGGAACUCGGCAAGCUCAAGCUCGACAUGGAGGGCUGAGCCGCACUGGCUGCAUUCUCUGGCGACGGCUCGGCGACAUGUGGGACUUGAGAGAUGUGUAGCGGCUUCGAUGCUGCUUCAAAUGGCUACGGCAAUAGGUAUAUAUAUAUGUUCGUCGGUUAGUGCGGACUUUGGACAAGGCAAGCCGUCGACAUGUUCGUGUUCAAUGUUGUUCGAGCCACUGGGUGUAUUAUUUUAAGAAGACAUGUAAGGGACGGGCUCAGUAAAGAAAACAAAUGGGAC